AUGCCACUUGAUGAAACCGUCAUAUAUAGCUGCUGCGCCUCUCCUGCUGACUAUAACCCGAUUGAACAUCUGAACGCUAUCUUCUCCCACCCUUCCACACUCGUCUCCUUACCGAAGACCUCCCAAGUCCUCCAGACAUACCAAGAUGAACUUAACGACGAUAUUACUACACUUGUGGAAGCGCAGGCAGCCUCCAACCUGGAAAGCGUUGAGCGUAUCCGCAACGCAAAAGAGGAUAUGGUUGAGCUGUUCAAAAAGAUCGAGGAAGUCCGGGAACGAGCGUUGAAAACUGAACAGGCAAUUACGGCGAUGACAGCAGAUAUUAAGCAGUUAGAUAAUGCAAAGGGUAAUUUGACGCUGUCCAUGACGACGCUGAAGAGACUUCAGAUGCUUACUACUGCGUAUGAGCAGCUGAAGGCGCUCAGCAAGUCAAGGCAAUAUCGGGAUUGCGCGCAGCUGCUCCAAGCCGUUAUACAAUUGAUGGCGCAUUUUAAGUCAUACCGUUCGAUCGAUCAGAUUGCCUCGCUGAGCCGCAACGUAGCCGAUAUACAACGUGAGCUGUUGGAACAGGUCUGCGAGGAUUUCGAGAUAAUAUUUGCCAAAGGAGAAACCACGCAGAAGAGAAACAUCCUGGCUGAGGGCUGUCUGGUUAUGGAAGCUUUAGGAGAUAUGGCCAAAUCAAGGCUCAUAACCUGGUACUGCAACACACAGCUAAGAGAAUAUCGCCAAGUCUUCAGAGGGAACGAAGAGGCCGGAUCUCUCGACAAUAUCUCUAGGAGAUAUUCCUGGUUUAAAAGAAUGUUAAAGACCUAUGACGAGGAGCAUAUGAUGAUUUUCCCAGCCUCUUGGAAAGUCAACGAAGUUUUGGCAAACAUCUUCUGUGAAGGUACAAGGGAUGAUUUUAAAGGGAUACUAUCCAGAUCUGUACGCAGUGGACAGACUAUGGACGUCAACCUUAUACUGUCAUGUCUCCAGGAAUCCCUUGAUUUCGAACACUUCCUUGAUAGGCGCUUCACCAAUGCUUCUCGUGCAUCCACGGAUACCUUUACAUCUAGCGAAUCUCCCAUUUUCUCGCAGACCAUUUCCGAGGCCUUUGAACCUUACCUGAGCUUAUGGGUAUCUGCCCAAGGCAAACAGCUUGACGCUCUCAUCCGGAAAUAUAGAGAGCAGCCUGUCAAACCCAAGGAUGAAGAAUAUUCUCCACAACUUGUUAUACACUCUUCAACAGAACUUUUUACUUUCUACCGGCUAUCCCUCGCGCAGUGUGCUAAACUCUCUACCGGCAACUCUCUUGCAGAGCUGACGAAGGUAUUUGGCAAAUACCUUGACCAAUAUGCCCAGCAAGUGUUGCUACAUUAUAUCAGCGACCGCCCUGGAAGUCAGGUUUCCUCCAAGUUGCCAUCAUAUGAGGAUCUUACCAUGGUCCUCAACACCGCCGAUUAUUGCUAUACCACCUGCAAUCAGCUUGAAGAAAAAAUAAAGAGCAAAAUAGAUGAACCAUUUAAACAACAAGUGGAUCUCCAGAGUCAGGCAGAUUCAUUUAUGGGAAUAGCUAGCGCAAUUGUUCGCCUCCUCGUUCGGAAAGUCGAUAUCGAAUUGGAGCCAGCCUGGAGAGAAAUGCGGAAUACAUCUUGGAGUGCACAAGAUGGUGUUGGAGAUCAAAGCCCUUACGUUGAAGUUCUAUUGUCGAAUUUAAAGUCGAGAUCAGAUGAGACUUUAGAAAUGCUUCAUAAGCAGCAGUAUCAGCGGGCUUUUGUCGAUAACCUAGUCGAACAUACGUCCACAAGUUACAUCUCGAAUAUAUACCAGUGCAAGCCAGUCUCGGAAGCUGGUGCAGAGCAGAUGCUUCUUGAUAGCUAUGGUAUAAAAUCGGGGCUGACAGGUCUUCUCUCGCCAGCGCCUGCUGCAUUUACAAAACGUGUUCACCAAAGCUUCCAAAAAAUCGAUACCCUUCUUAAAACACUUCAAGUCCGGGCUGUCCCACCCGAGGCGCUUGUGCAGGCAUAUCUGAUCCAUAUUGCUGAUAAGAAUGACAGUAACUUCAGAAAAAUACUCGAUAUAAAGGGAAUAAGGAGCAAGCAGGAACAGAAUCGCCUCGUCGAGCUGUUCCAAGCUCAUAAGAUGUACAAUCGCCAUGCUCCCAGCUUACAGGAGAGCAAUCCUUUAAUUUCCUACUUACAGCCGCCAACUCCCACUACCCCAGCCGCCCCCUCUAUGACACAGGGACUAAGCUUGGCUAAUCUAGGAGGAGCUACAGCGUCCUCUUCGGGAAUUAACGCGUUACCUGCACGCUUUGACCCAUCAGUGCUUGGAUCUGCUCUAAUAUCCGCAGCUCGUGAUGGAGUGGAUAGACUAGGAACACCUGGCCUAGGAAAUCUUGGGAAUACACCCGGCGGAGCUUCAGGAGGCAGCAGUCGUGCAGCAACGGGUUCUAUAGCACAAUCUGGGUCAGGAACGCCACUUCAAAAUCAGAGCCUAAAUUUGAUCGGGCAGGAUGUGGAUGCUACCGAAGGGGGCUCUUCAGCAGCCGCAAACUUGAAUGAGAAUCUCAAAAACAUAGGGAAGUUUUUCCGUCGAGAUCUUAGUGGGUUGGGUGGAAGGUUUGGAAUAGGCGGUGAUAGUAACCAGAGAUGA